CAGCUCCGCCUCAUGAACGGCUGACAGAACGCCUUCUCCUGUCACGUGUCUACACCCAUGUGACACGUCCCCUCCCGGCUACCGUCCUGUGGUUGCCGCGGUGACCAGCUGGGCUGGCUCCUGGCCCGGUAACGAAGUCAUGGGCCUCAGCACCGGGAACAGGAACAUGACAGCCACGACGGACAUCCCGGGCUCAGCUCAGGGCUGCGGCAAUGGAGCUUUCAUGGACAGUUUCGGGAUCUUUCUGCAGGGCCUGCUUGCUGUGAUGGCCUUCAGCAUCCUGAUGUUGAAACGUUUAAGAGAACCUAAGCAUGAGCGACGUCCUUGGAAAAUAUGGUUCCUGGAUACAUCCAAGCAGGCUAUAGGAAUGCUUUUCAUCCAUUUUGCGAAUGUCUACUUAUCAGACCUCACCAGGGAGGAUCCAUGUACAUUGUAUUUAAUAAAUUUCCUUCUUGAUGCCACUCUGGGCAUGCUGCUGAUUUAUGCUGGUGUGAGAGUGGUAAGCUGUGUAGUGGAAUGGAGACAGUGGGACUCCUUACGCUUUGGAGAAUAUGGUGAUCCUAUCCAGUGUAAAGCUUGGGUUGGCCAAUGUGCCCUCUACAUCCUCAUCAUGAUGUUCGAGAAAACUGCAAUAGUUCUAGUCCUGCUUAUACCCAGACUUAAGGAGGUUGCCAUGUUAAAUUUACCAUCUAAUAGCCCCAGACUGGAGCUGGCCAUCGUGAUGCUUAUUGUACCCUUCUUUGUUAAUGCAUUGAUGUUCUGGGUGGUGGACAACUUUCUGAUGAAGAAAGGGAAAACAAAAGCCAAGAUGGAAGAGAAGGAAGGAAGUCCAGACUCCCGUAAUGGUAACAAAGUGCGAUACCGGCGGGCAGCCUCUUAUGAUGAAUCUGAGUCUGAGAUUCUCAUAUCGGCUGAUGAUGAAAUGGAAGAAUCUGACGGUGAGGAGGAUCUACGUAGGUUAACAAACUCAAAGUCUGUGAAGAAAAAGAAGCACCGCUUUGGCCUACCUGUAUGAUACCACUUACGGUGUUUGCACAAUAAUGCCUCUACUGAACUGAGGCUUGCAGGAGGAGAUGAUCUGGCAUCUUGGCACAGAAACUCUACAAGCUGCUACCUCUAAUGUUCUGUUGGCUUCAUGGUUUGGGGUGAUGGCAGACUGUUUUUUAACAGUCACUCUUCCCAAUAGAGAGUGCUAAGGUUGGGCACAAAACUUAAGUUGCACUACAAGCUGCCACCCUCCUGCACACCCUAUACAGGCAAUACAAGGGAGAAAGUGCAGCUGCCUGUUUGUUUUUAAAGCAAACACAGGUUAUUAUCUGUUCAGUAACCCUUUCCAAUAUGGCAGUUCAUUCCAAAUUUAGGUAAUGCAAACUAUACUUUUUUAAUUGAGGUUUUUGCUUUUGGCCAUUACUUUUUUUUUGUUUCUAUCUCCUAUUCUUUGCCAUAUUAACAAAGUUGAAGUUUCUCAAUUUAUUUUAUCUUUAUAUGAAAUCUCUUGCAAGCUAACUCUCUUUUAAGCUCUGCAGCCACUUACAGCUACAUGCAAAUGUUGAAUUUGUGCACUCAAGAUGACCCAAAUGAUUUUUGGGCAUUGCAGGUGUUUUAGACAUAUCUCUUUCUGAGCAUUCCAAUAUAAUUCUCUCUAUGCAUUAUUACAUUAUUUAACAUGGCUGGCAUCUGCAGUAAGCAGCACAAACCUCUUAGCUGCUAUGAUGAACGUAUCCAUCCAAUACCUAUGUUACAGGACAAUGUCAGAAUUAUCGAUUUGGAUCUUUUAUUUUUGAAAACUCUAGGUACUUAUUUUCUGUUUUUAUGACUUUUAAGAUGUAUGUGCUGCAUCUGUUGGUCAAGAAAAUAAGGUAUACUUUGUAUCUGUCUUUUGGAAUCAGAAUGUUUUAAGAAAAUAACUUCUUCAGUAGGUAUCAAUCAAACUGAACUCAUCCAGUUCUAACUGACUUUUAGACUUUUCAAAUGCGCCUUUGCUUGGACUUAAAGGUAUAUAUAAUAUUUGGAAAGGAUCUUGACAUCAUAUACUAGGAUUCCAGUUUACCUGUCUAACAUGUCACCUCCUAUUAACAACAAACACUAAUUUAUGUAUUCAAGAAGAGACAGACAUUGAAGAUAUGGAUUGAUGCUGACCAUCUGUUAUGUUCAGAUCAAAUGUAACUUAUGAACAACAACUUAAGCACCUGUUUUAUCCUAUCUACAGCCUGAGGGAGCCACAGUAUCGCGUUACUACUUAACCCCCUUCCCCCAUCCCCAGAUGGAAGACUUUGCCUUAAUUUUGUUUUUACUGUUAGUCACUUUAGCGUUAGACCAUUCCCAUAUACCUUUGCUCUCAGGGCUGACAGCAAGCUAUUGCUGUGCAAUGCUUUGCUUUCCUCCCUGGCUCCUUUAUUGUUCUGCAGUGUGUCCAGUGUGUUUUUGCGCCUUUUUAAUUUAUAUUUUCAUACAAAUGAGUGUUUUCUUCUAAAGGUCAAAAAGGGUGACAAAAACGUUUUUGUUUAUUUUUUCAUAUAAAAUGAUGUGCUUGUUACAAGAAAUACAUUGGCGGUACAAAAUACAGUUCUGUUUUUUUCCUUUUGUGUUUCCAGUCAGCAGUAUUUCUGUCCAAGAUUGGCAGUCUGCAUGCAGCUUACAUAACCCAUUUUACAGGACAUGCUAAUGUUUUGUGUAUAACAAGGCCGAUUUAUCAGAAUGUGGACGAAUAAAAGUGCAGCUGACAUAAGCACUCAGAUUUUAACUUUCGGUUUCUCAAUAAGUGUGGAAAGUGAAAUUGGAUUUCUGAUGUGUUGUCAUGGACAUCAGCCUCCGUUUUUUUCUAAUGUUCAAGUUUUUAUAAAUCGGCCUCAACGUAUGUUUGGUCUUCAGGGAUUAAUCCUUACUCUGCCAAAGACAACCAGGUCUUAAAGUUACAAUGUACUACAAGAAUAUUGGCAUACUGUUUAUUAUACGAGGGUUCAGCUAUAAGUGAGAUUUUAGUAGCAUCUGAUUAACCCUUGUUGACAGCCCCCAAUCCCAAAAUGCAAUACAUUAAUUUCACGGUGUUGAAAUUGAGAAGACAUUUUAAGAAUUAUUCUUUUGCUACAAAAUUAUUAAAUGUGCAUGUAGUGAAGUCACUACAUUUGAAGGGAAUGUGUCACAAUGCUAAGUGAGUUAGAGGUUAAUUUUUCCUAAAUGGCAUUCCGGCAGUGCAGUGAAAAGUGCUGGGCAAUUGAGUGCUGUCUGCCUAUCGCAGCAAGAAAGGAUAUGCGGAGAAUAACUGGAGGUUUUGAAUGCAACAAUGUAAAUAGGUCAAAUAGUGGAAAGAUUUAUGAACUUGUAACACUUGCCCCAAAAGCUUUUCAGAAUGCUGUUAAGAGUAAAGUUUUCCAAUACUUACAAGAUCCUUGUAGCCGAUGUAUGCAUUUUAAAACAAAUCAGUGAAGUGUGAUGAACAGAGGUGUUUUUUGUCUCUUCAUUAUAAAUACAACUUUUCAAAUGUUGGUCAUUAAAUUGUUUUUUUUAUUUUU